GACAUGGGUGUACGACCUCGACACCACCCUUCCGUUUCCGUGUGACAUCGAAACCUACAUCCGGGAGGCUUUGAUUCCUGCGGAUGCACCCCAGUACCAUCGGUAUUCAAAGGAAUCUUUCGUCGAAGAGUUCAACACGGUCGAUGCGGAAAUAAUAUUAUACGACUCAUCAAACAACGAGUUGACCUCCUUUUCAAAUGCCGAUUUCCCAUUUUCAUUUUAUUCAAAUUCGGAUCUCAAUUAUUACAAAAGUGAUACGAUAAUCGAAGGGAAAUUAGAAAUCGCCCAGUUCGAACAACAGGAUGCCACAAGUGUUUCCGGAAAGAUCGAUGACGCCGGAUCAUCGCCGUGCACACUUAAACCCAUUUCCGUUGGUAUGGCCUUAUUGAUCAUUCCGUUCGAUAAAGCUCAGGAAUUGGGUUGCGAUUCAAUUGAUGAAUUGAUUUCGAGGAACACUUGGAUAACGCAAGAUAUGACACCAUCGAUCAACAAUCAAACCGGUCUGCUAGAUGGAACGACGAUUCUGCCAAACGGGACCUAUUCGAUACCGGUUAAUAACACUGCUGACGUUAAAAAACGAAUGGCAUCAUCAACUCCUUCACCGCUGAUAGCAUGCGACUGUGCGCAUCCACUGGAUUGUAAGGAUCAGUGUGGUGAACUUGUACGGAAAACUUUUGAAUCGAGGAAUUCUGGAAUCGUUCAACAACUAAUGAGACGUGAUGAUCCCAUUCCGUCAUCGGGUAUUCCUCAAGUAGUUGUUUUUACGUCAACGAAUGGCGGAGAUCCUGGAAUAAAAGAGCCAUUAGAUAAUCAGGGAAAAAUACAGAAUGCAAAAGUGGGGCUGACGUUGCUUCGAAAAGAUGAUGUGGCCAAACUGAUGAAUCUCUCGAAUGUAACGAGUAAAGUUUCUGUCACAUCAGGAAACGUGAGUGGAGCGUGGCUCUCUGCGACAAAAUAUUCAGUGAUCACGGGAGUCGUUUUCCUUUUACUCUGCACAUUUUAUGUUGGCUUACAAUACUCAUGGUACGAAUUUCUAUCGCUCGUUCACCAAUUUCUCUCUCGCACUCAUCACACCUGCAUCCUCUCCAUUAUUUUGCUGCGUAGGAUAAAAGCAUCGAUAGAGGUCACCAAAUUUGAUGUGAAUCUUUCACCAAUUGUUAGGCUGGCUGCUGAAUUACAGAGAUAUAUUUUGGUAUUCGGUAUCUGCUUGAUCGUGGUAGCAUUCUUCUUUAACUUAAUGGCCAAAACUACUCAAAGUAGUCAUUUCUCGACUGUUCUUUCGAUCGUCAACAAGUCGCUGUUCAUUGCUCUAGUGGAUCUGGGCUAUCUGACAUUUGGAAUGUUCAUGAUUUAUGAUCUGGCGACCAAUCGUGAGAUCAAUCAAAAGAUCGGCGAAACUUUGACGUUUAAGUUUUCCAGCAAGGCUGAUAAGAAGAGGGCUCUGCAGUUGACAGAUGACUUGUCCAAGUCAAUAUCGAUGAUUUCAAUAUUACUCCUAUUGCGAUCACACCAUUUCGCUUCGUUCCUGUCAAACCCCGUGUCAUUAUCGACAAAUCGUCCACUGAACCGUUCGCUACACCCGACGCCUGAACAAAUAGAAGAGGAUGAGCGCAGAAAUUCCGCCGCCUACACCACACGAAUGGCUGUGGUAAAACCAGAGCCUACCUAUCGAAUGAAUCCGAACCGGUUGUCCGUAGGAUAUUACAACAAUAACUUGAUCAGAGGAGGUUUACGAGGCAAUGGAUACCUGGGCGGUGUAAGAGAGAAAGGAGGAAAGAGAGGGGGCGCAACGAUGGAUAACCUGGGUGCGAAUAGUGGGAAAUUAGGUGACGACGAUAAGAAUGAUAGGAAUUCUAAGGGAGAUGGAAUAGGCGGUAGCGUCGGCGAAAUAUCAGAGAAUCCUUCCUCACUGAAAGACUAUAUUAAAUUAAGUGAAUCAAAAUCCACCAAUUGUGGCAAAAGUGAAAUCAGCAAAUUUGACAUAAUUGAUUUAUAA